CUACCUCGAGUCGGGGACGCAUAUAAUGCGAUGGAAACCCGCCCAAAGCCUGAGCGUGGACCUGCUAGUGCAGCGAAGUGACGAAGCAGGCUUUUCACGUCUCAUGGGCUGGAAGGGAAGAGAUGAAUUUAUCGACUGUGGCAAGAUAUCGAGUGAAGUCGUCGAGCUCCCGGCCUCAAAGUCAUGUGACGUCGGCGAGUUCGUCUUCUUGCCAUGUCAUGCCCAAUGGUUGUUCAUUCGAUGGAGGCACGACCGGUUCCGACCCAACCACAUCGACCGCAUUCAACAAUUGAUAGAGCUCAGCAAGGACUGCGUUGAAUAUCAAGAGAUUUUGGCAGUUUCGAGAGCUUGUCGAGCCAGACACGGCGCGAAUUAGAUUUGAUGCCGAUCCUGAACACUAUACACUGUGCGGUCAGAUGCCGAGUUCUAUAUCUAUAAGACGACAGUGCUCUAGCUCGAGGCUUUGUGACCCGUACGAUAUCAUGAAUCUUCUGACUCACGAAGACAUCGGCCAACACAAAAUGGGACCCAAGUGAUGUCGAUUAAUUUCAGGAGAGGAAAUCCUCUGCGCAAGAUAGGAAGCUUGAUUAGCAGCUAUGACUGUGCACUGGCUCGUUCUGCCGGUCGCUGUCGGUUACCACCGCGCGAUGCGGACAUCGUGGAGGUCUUGCGGCCGGCUACCAGCCGAGGGCAAGAUCGAUCAUCGAGCUGCCAUUGCAUUGGAGCAAAUUUCUUGUCCUCGCUCCAAGGUGUGUAUGACCA